GGGGGAGGGGAGUCGUCGGUGUUUACUGGGCGUGAGGGAAAGACGAGGGUUGUGGGAGAAGUCAUAAGAACUGCGCCUGUUCGUUCCACACCCACCCACCCUUCAACUUUGGCACUGGAGUCAACCUUCCUCCGAAACCUCUGCCGCCACCGACAUGGGGCUCCGGAAAAAGAAUAAGAGCCCGCCAGUACUCAGCCAUGAGUUCGUCAUCCAGAACCACGCGGACGCCGUGUCUUGCCUAGCCCUAGGCCUCCUCCUGGGGCUCAUGUUCGAGGUUACAGCCAAAUAUGCCAUCAUGUUUAUAACAGUUCAGUACAAUGUUACGUAUACUGCAGAUGACAUGUCCGAACCAGUUCAUUUCUAUGAGUAUGGUCCAAAAGACAUGGCCACCAUCUUUUUCUACAUGCUUAUAGCCAUUAUUCUGCAUGCAGUGAUUCAGGAAUACAUACUAGAUAAAAUUAAUAGACGUCUCCACUUGUCAAAAACAAAACAUAGCAAAUUCAAUGAAUCAGGACAACUAGCAUUUUUCUACUUGUUCUCAUUUGUCUGGGGAGCAAGCAUUUUGUCUGCAGAAGAAUUCACAACAAAUCCAACUCUGUUGUGGAAAGAUUACCCUCAUUCUCGAAUGUUCUUUCAGGUAAAAUUCUUCUUUAUCUGCCAGAUUGCCUAUUGGCUUCAUGCACUGCCAGAACUCUACUUCCAAAAAACUAGAAAGGAAGAUAUUCCCAGACAAUUGCACUAUGUCUGCCCUUAUAUUGCUCAUAUAGCAGGUGCCUAUAUAUUGAAUCUUCAGCGUUUGGGGCUAAUUUUGCUCGUGCCUCAUUACCUUGUGGAACUGAUUUUCCAUGCCUCACGCCUUUUCUACUUCAGCGAUGAGAAUAAACAGAAAGGAUUUACCCUUUGGGCUCUGCUGUUUGUAAUGGCUCGUCUCCUGACCUUAACAUUGUCAGUUCUCACAUUUGGAUUUGGUUUGGCAAGAGCAGAAAAUCCUGGUUUUUCCAUAGCAGAAGGAAACUUCAACAUACUUACUAUUAGAAUUGGCUGUCUGGCUGCAAUUUGUUUGACUCAAGCUUGGAUGAUGUGGAAAUUCAUCAACUUCCAAUUAAAGAAAUGGAGAGAACAUGUACAGAAUCAGAUUCCUAAGAGAAAAGCAACCAACACAAAGAGUAAACCAGCAAAAAAGGAACCAAACAGAGCUAACUUUGCCAAUGGAGCAGUAAAAUUUGAAGAAGGUACAUCACCUAGAAAAAGGAAAUCAAAAGUUUUGUGAGAGAAGCAUACCUCCAAAGGACACUGUUUUAACACAAGACUUUAAUUAUUUAAAAAAAAUAAAGUUCUGUUACUGCAGAGAGAGACUAUUCAGCUGUGUUGCCUGAAAGACACUUGUUGAAAUAAUAUAUUUUUAAACUUAUCAAUACAAAACUUGUUGUGAGAAUAUUUCAUCAUGAGUUUAGUUAAUUUAACAUAAUGUUCACAGUUUCAUAUAUAAUUUUUCUUUUGUUUCAUAUGUGUAAGUACUAUACUGCGAUAAUAUGGGUGAUCAUUGAUCAGGCACAUCUUUAUUUGGAGUUUAAAAAUACAAGUAACAGUUUCAUUAAUCAGUAAAAAGUAGUUUUUAAAAAGUAGUUACUAGAAACUUUAAUUUCUGGACUUAAUUAGAUCUAAAGGUAUGUGUUAGGAUUUUUAGACGGUUGUACAAUUUUCUGUUUUUAUUAUACUGUCUGAAAUGUCUCUCUUAUUCAGAAGCAAUUUAAAUGUUGUUUUUAAAGUUUCUGAUACGUUAUCUUUGGUUAAAGUCAUUGUUAAAGUCAUGUUGCCAUGAAAAACUGCCAAUUCAGCAGUUCGGUUCAAUUAUGUGUUUUAAGAAUGAUUACCAAGUAAUUAUUUAAGUCUUAAUUUAACAGAAAUAGUUUUCUGAUCUGAGACCCAUGCUAGUUGGUUGUAACUUCCAAUGCCUUUUUAAGGAAGUUUUAAAAGUAGAUGCUUUUAAAAAGGUGCUAAAAAGUUUCAUUUUACUUUGUUUAGAGAUCCAUGAAACUAUUAACGGUUCUUCAAAAUGAAUGUUUCUGAUUCAGAGCUGUAGAUCACUUCAGAAUGGCUUUCAGGUAUAAGAAAGUUGAGUUCUGUAACUGCAUAGUGUAAUAAGAAGCCAUGAGUUCUUUGUUGCAUGUCACAUUUUUUAAAAAACCCAAAACUGUACCUAGUUUUUAGAUCUGUCAUAACUUCAACCAACAGGGCUCGAUUUCUGCCUCAUGGGGUAAGUUUUUAAUUCCUGAACAGGCCCUUGCAAUUAAUGCCUGUUAUAAUUUAUAGUUAGCCAUAGACAAUGAUCAUUCAUCCAUCAUGUGCUAAUACCUGGUUAUGACGAAAGAUCAGAACAAUAGUUGACAGUUAAGACUAUCCUGAUUGGAAUUCAGAGAGUUUGUGCUUCUGUAACAAGCUUGCAGUACUAGAUCAGCUGAAUUUUUUUUUAACUUGGAAAACUGAUUCCCUUGUCAUAUCACAGGCUGUUUUUCUAACCCCUCUUCAGGCCACAGCAGUUUACUGUGUGGUAUGAGAGAGCGGUUCUGGGGAGAGGGGGAGGCUAAAGCGCCUCCCUUCCCUUGACUCAUGGAACUAGUUUUAGAAUUCUUUGGAUCCAGGCCAUUGAAUAUAGACCUACAGAUCCUAGACUGUUUCAAAGCACAACAGUUUUAAUGUAGAAUUCCCCCCUCCCUUUUAACCCUUUCCACUGUUAGCUCCUAGAUAGUGGAAGGGGGAGGCAUUUUGCUUUAGGUGGAACUAGUGGAUGUGUAAACUGUGCAAUCCUGAAAAUACCUGUUAAAAACAAUGUAGUUGUUCUAGGGUAAGCAGCAAGAAGUGCCACUACUACUAAAUAAAAACCCUGCUAACAGUAGCAACCAAAAGAAGGGAAAACAAGUUACACUGAUCCUUCAUUUUCGAGUCUGUGAAUAAUCCCAGAAAAGCUAAUGAGGGUCUUUCAUGUACUACAGAUGCAGUAUAUAUUUUAUUGAAACUCACACCGUUUAUAGAAAGUUAUUGUCACAGCCUGAUUCAGUGCUCUAUGGGCACUACAAUGCAAGUGUGUACUCAUGUGCAGUAUAGGGUUUCCAUAUAUAGUUCAAUGACAACUACUCAUGCAUGACCAAGGAUGGAAUAUUCCCUGACAUUCCACUCACUGUGGAAACAUGUGUGCAUUGAAACAAUGUAUAAUAGCAAAUCCAGUGUGGUAGCCAUGUACUUCCUCUUCUUUAACAGCAGAGACACUACUUUUCAAUUAUACAUGUCUCCAAACUCACAGGAACUGCCUAUAUGGCUACUUUUCAUUCUGAUAGAGCAUCCAUCUUCUACAACAUAUGCUACCCUAGAAAACCUUGUUAUGGCUUUUUCCUACUUACAUGCUAAGCAUCCAGAGUGGGAUGCAAGCAUGAACAAACUGUUUGCCUAAUUAUAUGUUUGUUGAACCAGUCAGUCUUGGGAUGAAAUUUCACCUCAGUCCUGACCAUACUCCUGUGAGAAACAAGUGACUUAAAUCAUUCUUUCCCUCACUAGCACUCAGUAAACCAUUCAAUCACAUAUGGUUAGAUGUUGCCACACAGAUAAAAUAACUCUUUUAUAAAAGUAACUAGACUUUUUGUAUGUUACUUAACAUUGUUGCAUCAUUUGUAUACAAAUGCCAUUCAGGAUUUGAGCCCAUUUUUCUCAUUUGCCAACCUGGUCCUGUGUGCAAACUAACUGUAGAAUUUGUCUGUGAUCUCUCAUAAUCCUGUAUAUUUCUACUUAAAACGUUUUACCUUGGAACUAGAAUAUAUUUUUUUAUGCUUUUAAAUAAAACAUAUUUGUAUGUUGAUGAAUGCCUCAUCUGAUAAACCUAUAGUCUUCUGAGCAGUUUUGAUGAAAACUUAUUAUUAUAAGGUUCAGCUAUGCUGCUCACAGGAAAAUGCUUUCUCUGAUCAGAAUGCUUGUGGCCCUGGACUGCUUUCUAACAGGAGGCCGAAGACCAGUUAUACCUGUUGCGUCCUCAGGAUGGUAAAUGUGGACUUUGUGGAGUUACAGGCCGAAGUUUGUGUUGUCUCAGAUGUUGUCUGUUGCUAGUAUAAAGCAAUUUUCUGUAGCAGAAGUGGCCAACAGAUAAGUUAAAAAAUAACUAGCAUAAUCUAUAUAUCACAAAAUAAUUGAAAACUCCGCCAAAGGAAGUGAUCAGGUACUUCAAAAAUUUUUGAAAGUCUGUCACAUUGGGAACUACAUUUCACACUUGUGGAAGAUAAUAGUUCAACUAUUGAAUUAUUGACAAUUUAAUUCCCAAGCUAGACUUACAAUCUUCUCGACUUCUACAUUUAAAGUUAAAAUUGACCACUUUUCUCUCUAUGAAAUCAGACACUUUGGUUAAACAUUUUAAAUGUUAUAUUUUCUAAAAUGUUCUUGAAAUGCAGGUAUUUUGUGUUUGGGUGUGUGUAUAUGAUAUCUGUAAACUGGAAGAAAAUUCUUCCUUACUGCAGCAUGAAAGGAACUUUACAAUUGAUUACCAUAAUGUCCUAUGUCAUUGCACUGCACUGAUGGAUUAUUCUCUGUACUAUCAAAUGCAUUAAAUAAAAGGUGGGCCUGUGCCUUAAGAUA